AUGCAAUGCUAUGUCCUGGGUGCGAUCGAGUACAAGCACGUGAGUCGAACACACGGAAAGGAGACGUCUGCACAAUCUACAAGGAUGCAGAUACUCUUAAUCGCUAGUCUGCUGGUCGGUACUUCUCUGGCCAUUGGCAAAGGUGGUUACGGCGGAGGUUUUGGUGGUGCAGGUGGUGGCACCAUUUCCGGCGGCACUUUAGGAGGCGGCGGUGGUUCAUUUACCGGUAGCGGUGCUUUUGGAGGUGGCGGCGGCGGAUCAGGAAGUGGUCAUGUUAUGGUUGUUGCUGGCGGCAGCGGUGGUUCUGGAUAUCCGGUCGAAGGGGCCUUUGGUGAUGGCGGUCCUGGUGGCAAUGCCGGCCCUAACGGCUGGAGAGUAGGAGCAUCCGGCAGCGUAACCGGUAGCUGGGGAACUGGCGGACAGAGCUCUUGGGGUGGAUUCGGGGGAAGUGAAGGACCGUUCCCCGGGGAUGGCAUGCCCGGAACUGGAGGUAGCAGUGUCACAGGCGGAAGUGGUGGUGUUGGCCCAACAGAUGGUGUAGGUGAAGGAUGGGGCGGACGAAUUAGUGGUAGCUGGGGAUCAACAUUGGGGGGAACCGGAUCAACAGGAGGGAGGAACGGAGGAGGAUCCAUCGGCACCGAUGCUAGACCAAGCAAUGGAUUUGUAUUCGCCAGGGCAUUCGUUAGCGGUCGAUCAACUGCUGGUGGACCGACAUUCGGUCCAAUGUCCGGAGGCCCUCGUUCCGGUGGCCCCAUUUCCGGAGCAUCUGUAUCUGGUCCCAGCGGCUCCUUCCCGAGCGGCCCUGGUGGUCCAACCAGUGCUGGACCUAGCAUUGGAUUUGGAUUCGGUGGAUCUUUUGGAGGCGGGGCAUUCAUAAGCAGUGGACCUACUGCUGGUGAACCGACAUUCGGUCCAGUGUCCGGAGGCCCUCGUUACGGUAGCGGAGGAUCUGUAUCUGGUCCCAGCGGCUCCUUCCCGAGCGGCCCUAUUGCUGGUGGCCCCACCGGUGCUGGACCUAGCAAUGGAUUUGGAUUCGGCGGUGCAUUUGUAAGCAGUGGACCAACUGCUGGUGGAACGACAUUUGGUCCAAGGUCCGGAGGCCCUAUUUCCAGUGGCCCUGUUUCAGGAGGUCCUUUAUCUGGUCCCAGUGGUUCCUUCCCGGGCGGCCCAGUUUCUGGUGGCCCCACCGGUGCUGGACCAAGCAAUGGAUUUGAAUUUAGUGGAUCUAUCGGAGGCGGGGCAUUUUUAAGCGGUGGACCCACUGCUCGGGGAUCUACAUUCGGUCCAGCGUCCAGAAGCCCUGCUUCCGGUCGUCCCAUGUCCGGAGGCUCUGUAACUGGUCCCAGUGGCUCCUUCCCGGGUGGUCCUGUCUCUGGUGGUCCCAUUUCUGGAGGUCCUGAAGCUGAGCCCAAUGGCUUCUACCCAGGCGGCACAAUUUCAGGUGGAGCCAGCGGUACCCUCGUCAUGUCAAGCGGACCUAGCGGGCUAAGGUCCGGAGGCCCUGUUUCCAGUGGACCUGUUUCCAAUGGACCUGUUUCCGGAGGUCCUUUAUCUGGUCCCAGUGGUUCCUUCCCGGGCGGUCCAGUUUCUGGUGGCCCCACCGGUACUGGACCAAGCAAUGGAUUCGAUUUUAGUGGAUCUAUCGGGGGCGGGGUAUCAUUAAGCGGUGGACCCACUGCUCGGGGACCUACAUUCGGUCCAGUGUCCGGAAGACCUGUUUCCGGUGGUCCCAUAUCCGGAGGCCCGGUGUCUGGUCCCAGUGGCUCCUUACCGGGUGGCCCUGUCUCUGGUGGUCCCUCUUCCAGAGGUUCUGUAGCUGGGCCCAGUGGCUUUUACCCAGGCGGCACAUUUUCAGGUGGAGCCAGCGGUACCCUCGUCAUGACAAGCGGACCUAGUGGGCCAAGGUCCGGAGGCCCUGUUUCCAAUGGACCUGUUUCUGGAGGUCCUUUAUCUGGUCCCAGUGGUUCCUUCCCGGGCGGCCCAGUUUCUGGUGGCCCAACCGGUACUGGACCAAGCAAUGGAUUUGAAUUUAGUGGAUCUAUCGGGGGCGGGGUAUCUUUAAGCGGUGGACCCACUGCUCGGGGACCUACAUUCGGUCCAGUGUCCGGAAGACCUGUUUCCGGUGGUCCCAUAUCCGGAGGCCCGGUGUCUGGUCCCAGUGGCUCCUUCCCGGGUGGCCCUGUCUCUGGUGGUCCCUCUUCCAGAGGCUCUGUAGCUGGGCCCAGUGGCUUCUACCCAGGCGGCACAUUUUCAGGUAGAGCCAGCGGUACCCUCGUCAUGACAAGCGGACCUAGCGGGUCAAGGUCCGGAGGCCCUGUUUCCAGUGGACCUGUUUCCGGAGGUCCUUUAUCUGGUCCCAGUGGUUCCUUCCCGGGCGGCCCAGUUUCUGGUGGCCCCACCGGUACUGGACCAAGCAAUGGAUUUGAUUUUAGUGGAUCUAUCGGGGGCGGGGUAUCUUUAAGCGGUGGACCCACUGCUCGGGGACCUACAUUCGGUCCAGUGUCCGGAAGACCUGUUUCCGGUGGUCCCAUAUCCGGAGGCCCUGUGUCUGGUCCCAGUGGCUCCUUCCCGGGUGGCCCUGUCUCUGGUGGUCCCUCUUCCAGAGGCUCUGUAGCUGGGCCCAGUGGCUUCUACCCAGGCGGCACAUUUUCAGGUAGAGCCAGCGGUUCCCUUGUCAUGACAAGCGGACCUAGCGGGUCAAGGUCCGGAGGCCCGGUUUCCAAUGGACCUGUUUCCGGAGGUCCUUUAUCUGGUCCCAGUGAUUCCUUCCCGGGCGGCCCAGUUUCUGGUGGCCCCACCGGUACUGGACCAAGCAAUGGAUUUGAUUUUAGUGGAUCUAUCGGGGGCGGUCCAUUUUUAAGCGGUGGACCCACUGCUCGGGGACCUACAUUCGGUCCAGUGUCCGGAAGACCUGUUUCCGUAGGUCCCAUAUCCGGAGGCCCUUUGUCUGGUCCCAAUGGCUCCUUCCCGGAUGGCCCUGUCUCUGGUGGUCCCUCUUCCAGAGGCUCUGUAGCUGGGCCCAGUGGCUUCUACCCAGGCGGCACAUUUUCAGGUAGACCCAGCGGUACCCUUGUCAUGACAAGCGGACCUAGCGGGCCAAGAUCCGGAGGCCCUGUUUCCAAUGGACCUGUUUCCGGAGGUCCUUUAUCUGGUCCCAGUGGUUCCUUCCCGGGCGGCCCAGUUUCUGGUGGCCCCACCGGUACUGGACCAAGCAAUGGAUUUGAAUUUAGUGGAUCUAUCGGGGCGGUGGACCCACUGCUCGGGGACCUUCAUUUGGUCCAGUGUCCGGAAGCCCUGUUUCCGGUGGUCCCAUAUCCGGAGGCCCGGUGUCUGGUCCCAGUGGCUCCUUACCGGGUGGCCCUGUCUCUGGUGGUCCCUCUUCCAGAGGUUCUGUAG